AUGCCCAUACACGCGGUGCUAGGUUCACACGAGUGUUACUUAAAGUUCACACUCUCAUCUGCAACUUGUCCAUCCGCAGCCUUCGGCCUGGCUGAUGGUGGAUGUGAGAGGGGAGGAUGGGUUGGGGUUGACAGGCCGACACCUCUCUCCUCUAACCUGUCUGCCUCUCACAAACACAUGGCCAUUAGCGACGCAUCCACACUUGUCCAGAGCUGCUCCUCCGUCAACACCAGUUUGAUUGUGGUAUCCCUGAAAAGGUCAUUUGAGGUGGAGGAAGCUGAUACAUCAGCACACCAGUCACCGCUGUCUCGUCGCACGACCUCCUCCCUCCGCUCGUCCACGUCCUCGGGAUCCAGCCAGCGAAGCUACGAUCUGAGUUCCCGCAACUCGGACUACUCCUCAUCCAGAUCCUCUCCCUCUGAGCCCUCCAAUCUACGAUCCCCGAAGACCGGCAUGAGGCGCAUUGAGUUAUCAGGGGUCCGUAACCCCGACGCAGCCUCUUCACGCCGCACGGAAAUGUCCAUCGAGGUAACCUCCAAGCAAGUGGACAACUCGCCCAGUGCCGGCAUCGCCCGUUUUGGCCUCAAGCGGCCAGAGGUCAGCCUGAGCAGCCGGAGUAACCCCCUGGAUAGCACCUCCAACUCCAUCUCCAGCUCCGUGCACAGGCGAGCGGAGCUCAGCAUGACGCGGUCGCAGGAACCCCCAGCCCCUCCCAGGAGGAUGGAAUCCCAGCUUUCCUCGGCCCCGGCCUCUAGGAUCCCCGAGCCCCCACAGAGGAGAGCAGAGCCCCCGUCCCCUAACCUCAGCCCCGUCGAGGCGGUGUCCAGGAGACCCGAGGUGCCUGCCUUCCGACAGCUGGACGGUUUGGUACCAGGCAGCGCUUUGGAGAACAGCCACCACCCACCACCGGCACCCAGUGUCCCCCCACCCGCCGAGCCACGGAUGGAGAGGGUGCAGUCGCCGGUCACUGAGCCACCCAUAAGCAGACCCACAGACACCGAGCUUGCGGAGGGAGGCCCUACGAGAAAGAAGCCUGGGAAGCAUGAGGAACAGAUAGGAGGUGGAGAGACGUAG